AUGGGUGCCGCCUGGUUUCUCGUUGUAUUACAACUAAUGUGCGCUUUACCUCCUGGUCAGCCCAAACCAGUCCUCACACCAGACUCCCCUCACCUGGUGAUUCUGAAGGGCGGACAGCUGGAGUUGCGUUGCCGUGACGACGAGGGCGAAGUGCGGUGGCAGCGAGACAAGGGUCGCAGGAUCGAAGGGGCACGAGAGGAAGACGGAGAGGCUGUCAUUAAACUUAGCUCUGCACAGACACAGCACAUGGGCGGAUAUACCUGCCUUAACUCUGCCACAAAACAACAGAAAUCUAUCUAUGUCUACGUGAAAGAACAGGACAGUGCAUUUGUGCGUUCAUUGGUAAAUGGCUUAUUGGCAAGAGAGGGUGAAGACUACACUGUCCCGUGCCUAGUGACCGAUCCAGCUGUCACUCGUCUGAGUCUGCAUACGUGUGACAACAAGCCCCUCCCACUCGGACUCAGCUACAUCCCACACCCUCACCGUGGCAUCGUUAUCCACAACAUAACCAAAGAACAUGACGGUUGUUAUGUCUGCACAGGAGAGAUGGCUGGAGUCCCAGUCAAGUCCAGUCAAUAUUACAUCAGCGUACGGCAAGGCCCAGGAUCAGUACCUGUGAUUAGUUUGAGCAGAGCUGAUAGGGUGAUUCUGACCCAGGGUCAACAAUUUGAACUGACCUGUAGCACAACCAACAUCAACCACGACUUCAGUCUGAAAUGGAGCUUUCCAGAAGGAGUGUUUGCGUUAGAGUCACACUCCUCCCACAUCCUGUCGGGUUCCCAUGGUUACCAACGAUCAACAACCUUAUGGAUAAGCUCAGUGAAAGCAACAGAUUCAGGAAAGUAUCACUGUGAAGCCAAAAAUGCAAAGGGCACGUCUGUAGCAACUGUCCAGCUGGAGGUGUAUGAGCGGGGAUUCAUUAAUCUGGUUAGCAGUGAGAGCAGUGAAGUGAAGGUGCGGGAGGGUGAGAGUUUGACUCUGAGGGCAGAGAUGGAGGCCUAUCCCACACCACAGGCCAUCUACUGGACCUUUCACAAUCAAACCCUCACAAACACGUCAGAGCACGUCAUCACUGUACACAAACAGCAGUACAGGUACAUCAGUGAGCUGAGGCUGGUUCGGGUACAUGGUUCAGAGGGCGGGAUAUACACCUUCUCAGCCAAUCACAACGACGCAUCUGUCAAUCAAUCAUUCCUCCUCUAUGUUAUCUGUAAACCUGUAAUUGUGUCUCAGGAAGGUCCAGUUGAUGGACAGGUUCGUUGUGUUGCCUCAGGAUAUCCUGUCCCCAAAAUCAGCUGGUACUACUGUGAACCUCCACACAUGCGGUGCUCACACCUGGACAAUGCCACACAGGAGGAUGAGGAGUUGGCGAUGGUGACGGUGUCAGGCUCUGGGUUUGGGAGAAGUUUGGUGGAGAGCAGACUCAACAUCAGCAGAGGAAACUACCACACCCUCGAAUGUGUGGCCUCCACUUACGGAGAACAGGCGUAUGCUCUCUUCACAAUCAGAGAACGGACCGUGCCUCACACACUCUUCACGCCUCUGUUGACUGGAGUUGUAUCUGCUGCAGUCUUACUGAGUCUCAUAUUAAUCGUUCUGCUGUAUAAAUACGUACAGAAACCCAAAUAUGAGAUCCACUGGAAAGUGAUUGAGAGUAUCCAUGGCAACAACUACAUAUACAUAGACCCCACCCAGUUGCCUUAUGACCCGAAGUGGGAGUUUCCCCGUGAGAGACUGCGCUUUGGUAAAAUCCUCGGCUCUGGAGCAUUCGGUAAAGUGGUGGCUGCUACAGCGUACAGCCUCUGUUCUCCCAACACAGUGACCACCGUUGCCGUGAAGAUGCUUAAACCAAGCGCUCACUCCACUGAGAAAGAAGCUCUGAUGUCAGAGUUGAAGGUUCUCAGUUACCUUGGCAGUCACAUGAACAUUGUCAACCUGCUGGGUGCCUGUACCGUGGGAGGACCCAUCUUGGUGAUCACGGAGUAUUGUUGUUAUGGCGACCUGCUGAACUUCCUGAGGAGGAAGAGGGACGCAUUUUUCAGCUCCAAAACAGGGGACGGUUACUACAAAAAUCUGCUUAGUCAAACUCAGCCCUCACGAGAUGGCACGGAAAACGGUUACAUGCCGAUGAGAUCUUAUCAGAAGAGGUCCAACCAAACAGAAUGGAGUGAUGAUAAAGAUGAGUUGUCUCUGGAUACAGAGGAUCUGCUUAGCUUUUCAUACCAAGUGGCCAAAGGAAUGGACUUCCUCACCUCCAAGAAUUGUAUUCACAGGGAUUUAGCAGCCCGGAAUAUUCUGCUGACUCAGGGCAGAGUAGCAAAGAUCUGUGAUUUCGGCCUGGCCCGAGACAUCACUAGAGACGCCAACUAUGUCCUGAAGGGCAAUGCCCGUCUCCCUGUGAAAUGGAUGUCCCCAGAGAGUCUGUUUGACUGCGUGUACACGUUUGAGAGCGACGUCUGGUCCUACGGCAUCCUGCUGUGGGAGAUCUUCUCCCUCGGUAAUAGUCCAUAUCCUGGGGUCCCAGUGGAUUCUAACUUCUACAGAAUGAUACAGGACGGAUACAGAAUGAGUGAGCCAGAGUUUGCUCCCAGCGAAAUUUAUGAGGUCAUGAGGUGGUGUUGGAGCGCUGACCCUAUGAAGAGACCAUCCUUUAAAAAACUUGUUGAGCGAACGGAAUUAUUGCUAUCGGAAACAACAAAACACGUUUACCUGAACCUGAGCAACUGUAAUGAGGACAUAGUGCCUCCAGGACAGCAGAGGGCGCCCUCACAGAGACUGAGUUCUGUGGAGAGCACCACAGCCCCAACACAGCCGCUACUGCUGGCCACCACCGAUGUCUUUGUGGAGCAUGAGACUGCCUGA